CAUGGGGCUCUGAGAUGGCGCUGCGGGUUCUGCUGGCGCUGGGGCUGCUGCUGGGGGGGGGCGCGGGGGGGGGCGCGGGUCUCCUCCUCGCUGUCCGCUUCGCACCGCGCCCGCGGCGCCGCCCCCGUCCACCACUUCCACCGCCCCCGGCCCGGAGCCGCCCCCGUCAGCAUCAACCGGGGAGGGGGCGGCCCCCGCGGCCACGCCGGCACCACCUACAUCUUUGGCAAGGGGGGGGCACUGAUCACCUACACGUGGCCCCCCAAUGACCGGCCCAGCACCCGCACCGACCGCCUGGCCUUGGGAUUCAGCACCCAGCAGCGCGACGCCGUCCUGGUGCGCGUGGAGAGCGCCUCGGGGCUGGGGGACUUCCUGCAGCUGCACAUCGCGCAGGGCGCGCUGGGCGUGCUGUUCAACGUGGGCACUGAGGACAUCGCGCUGGAGGAGCGCGGUGCCGCCGUCAGCGAUGGCCGCUUCCACGUCGUCCGCUUCACCCGCAGCGGCGGCAACGCCACUCUCCAGGUGGACGGCGGCCCCGUGCACGAGAGAUACCCCGCAGGCAGCGCGGAUAGCGAGCGGCUGGCGAUUGCCAGGCAGCGAAUCCCCUACCGGCUCGGUCGGGUAGUCGAUGAGUGGCUACUCGACAAAGGCCGGCAGCUCACCAUCUUCAACAGCCAGGCGGCCGUGCGGGUGGGGGGCCGCGACCGGGGCCGCCCGUUCCAGGGGCAGCUGUCGGGGCUGUACUACAACGGGCUGAAGGUGUUGGCGCUGGCGGCCGAAGGGCACCCCCGGGUGCGAGCAGAGGGCGACCUCCGCCUGGUGGGGGACCCCCCGCCCCCCCCGGCCGCCCCCCCCGGCCCCGCCACCGCCGCCCCCCCCGACAUGGCCACCACCAUCAUGGAGACCACCACCACCAUGGCCACCACCACCACCCGCCGGGGGCGGUCCCCCACCCUGCGGGACACCGUGGCGCAGAACACGGACGACCUCCUGGUGGCUUCGGCCGAGUGCCCGAGUGACGAUGAGGACCUGGAGGAGUGCGAGCCCGGCACAGGCGGUGAGCUCGUGCUGGCGGCGGCCCCGCUCUCCCCGUCCCCGUCCCCGUCCCCCCGCGCCGCCCCCCCGGGCUGCGGCCCCGACUGCGAGGAGCCGUCGGGCUUCGCCUCGGGGGAGGCGGCGGACGCCAACGCGCCGCCGGCGGACGACGAGGAUUUCGUGUCGCGGCCCCGCGCCGGCGGCGACGACGACGACCGCCCCGCCGUCACCCGGCACCGCGACCUCGUCACCCCGCCGGGGGUCACCGCCGUGGCCGUCACCGCGGCCGGCCCGCUGCCCGGUUUGGUGCCGGCGGGCGAACGGCACCCUCGGGAGGGCGGGUUGGGCCGCGGCAGGGCGACGGCCGUCCCCGUCACCCCCCGUCCCGCUGUCCCCACAGCCGCCGCCGCCCCCGGCGCCGUGGAGGUGGUGCGCGAGGCCGGCGGGACCACCGGGAUGGUGGUGGGCAUCGUGGCGGCGGCCGCGCUCUGCAUCCUCAUCCUGCUCUACGCCAUGUACAAGUACCGCAACAGGGACGAGGGCUCCUACCAGGUGGACCAGAGCCGGCACUACAUCGGCACCGCGGGCCCCGCGCCCCCCGACGCCGACGGCGCCAACGCCGCCGCCCUCCCCGCCUCGGCCGCGGGGACCCCCAAGGAGAAGGCGGCCGGGAACCCCCCGAAGGCGCCCGGCAAGGCGCGGCGCAACAAGGACAAGGAGUACUACGUGUGAGCGAGAGCCGCCCCCCCUCGGCGGCGUCGCCGGCGCCCCCCCGCCCCGCCGGGCGUCGCCACCCCGUCUACGGGUCUUAGCGCCCCCCCCCCCCCCGCCCCUCCCCCACGACCCCCCUCGAUGGGUGGCAUCGUCACCCCCCAAUGGGUGUCUUGGCCCCCCCCCCAAUGGGUGUCAUCGUCACCCCCCAAUGGGUGUCAUUGUCGCCCCCCCCAAUGGGUGUCGUCACCCCCCAAUGGGUGUCUUGGCCCCCCCCCAACGGGUGUCAUCGUCACCUCUCAGUGGGUGUCAUCGUCGCCCCCCAAUGGGUGUCUUGGCCCCCCCCAACGGGUGUCAUUGUCACCCCCCCAAUGGGUGUCAUCGUCACCCCCCAAUGGGUGUCAUUGUCGCCCCCCAAUGGGUGUCAUUGUCACCCCCCCAAUGGGUGUCACUGUCACCCUGCAGGUGUUGUCACCCCCCCAUGGGUGUCACCGUCACCCUGCAGGCGUUGUGCCCCCACCAUGGGUGCUGUCACCCCCCAAAGGGUGCCAUUGUCACCCCCCCCCCAAUGGGUGUCGCUGUCGCCCUGCAGGUGCUGUCACCCUAUAGGGGUGUUGCGCCCCCCCGGGCGUCAUUACCAUCCUCUAUGGGUGUCCUCCGCCCCCAAUGGGUGUCACUGUCACCCCCCCCCCCCCCCGUGGGUGGUGUCACCCCAUCCCAGGGUGCCCCCCCCGCCGUCUCCGCUGUCCCCGGGUGUUGUCACCCCCCUCCCCCGCUCCAGUGGUGGUGUCACCCCGUCGUCCCCUGUCGGGGCGCCUACAGUGUGUGUCCCCCCCCCGCAUUGGGCGGCACUUUGCGUUGUCAUCCCCCCGCCUGGGGACACGGGGGGGGGGGGGGGGGUUAAUGGGGGGGUGACUGCAGACCUGGGCUGGGGGUGCAGCCAGAUUUUUGGGGGGGGGGGAAAUCAAAGGUGGGGACCCCAUGGGGACACGCUGGGGGCACAGGGACCCCUCAGUGGGGACCCCCCCAAGUGGGGACAGGGGACUCCCCUCAACGGGGGCUUGGGACCCCCACAUGGGGGAGGGGGGGGGAACCCCUGGACCGCCCCCCCCCGCCUCGACUGCAUCCCCCACCCGAGGGGUGGUGCCGUUUUUAAUUCCUUCUUUUUUUUUUAUUUACAUCCCCCCCCCCCAAUUAAAUCUUUCUUAAUUUA